GAGUGAGUGUGAGUGUGUGAGUGAGUGAGUGUGUGGGGGAGGAUCCGCCCCGAGUCGAGCGCCAUUUAAACCCUUUGAUAACAGCCCUGAAAUAGGAAGGAAUCCACUGACAGAAUCCUCGUUCAAGGCUUGUUAGAUGGUGAGAUGGAUGUGUCGAAGGAAUCUUUUGGGAAGUUGGAUGGAUGGCUAGUCUACUCCGGGUCUACUCCUGUCUCAAAGUGAUUAGUUACGCUAAAGCAAUAUGGACAUGGCUGUUAGUGGGAGCCUGAAGCGUAAGUUCGAAGAGGUCGAUGGUUCAUCGGUGUGUUCCUCACCCAAGGAAUCUGACGAUGAUAUCUGCAGCAGCGACAGUGCAGACAGCUGUGACAGUGUCAACCCACCUACCACCAGGGAGCUGAGCCCAACUUCAAUCUUGAAGAAGCAGAAACGGAUGAGAUCCAAGAAUGUUCGCUUUGACCAGGUGACCGUGUAUUACUUCACCCGUCGCCAAGGAUUCACCAGUGUGCCCAGCCAAGGUGGCAGCUCGCUGGGGAUGGCACGGCGUCACAACUGCAUCCGCAGGUACACACUGUGUGAGUUUGCCCAGGAGCAGGAACACCUUCACCGUGAGAUGCUUCGCGACCACCUGAAGGAAGAAAAACUCAAUGCGCGCAAAACGAAGUUGACCAAAAACGGUUCAAUUGAUUCCGAAGAAGCCAAUGUACUCACCAUUGAAGACCUUUCCGAUGAGGACAUUGAUGUGGACAAUAUUGAGGUAGAUGACUAUUUCUUUUUACAACCACUACCCACAAAAAGACGAAGAGCUUUAUUACGUGCAUCAGGCGUCAACAGGAUUGAUACCGAGGAGAAACAUGAGCUGCGUGCCAUCCGCUCGUCCCGGGAGGAGUGCGGGUGCGACUGUAGGUUUUACUGUGACCCCGAAGUUUGCCCCUGUAGCAAAGCGGGAAUCAAAUGCCAGGUGGACAGGAUGUCCUUCCCCUGCAGCUGCACCCAGGACGGCUGCGCCAACACAGCGGGCCGCAUCGAGUUCAACCCUCUGCGCGUGCGGACUCACUACUUGCACACCAUCAUGAAGCUGGAGCUGGAGAACAAGAACAAGCCGCUCCCGGCGGUGGCCCUGCUCUACCCGGCCGAGGCCAGAGGCACCGGCCAGCCCGAGGUGCAGGACUACCGGGAGUUUGCGGAGAGUUACCACCUGGAGAACGAGGCGGCCGUCCUGCACCUGCAGUCGGCCGAGGAGAUGGACAGGAUGAAGGAGGAGGAGGGGGAGGACUUGGGCCGCUCCAGCCUGCUCCGCCUGCUGAGCCAGCAAGAUGGCGGCGGCGACGGCGACCACCACCACCUCUCGGCGCCAGUUCCCACCAGGACGGCUCCCGUACCGGCUUCCGCCCCCGGCGGCUCCCACCCACCCCCGGGAAGCACGGCAGCGACAUUGGACCCAGAAGGGGGCUCGAGGGGCUCGUACGCCCACACCCCGGCCGAGGGCCUGGAACCCCACGCGAACCCUGCCGCUGACCCUCAAACAGAACUUGAUGCUGACCCUCAGGCAGACCACUGCCUCGCCCUUGACGCAGCGGCCCAAGGGCUGCCCGUUAACGGCCCUGACAGCCCGCGGCCAGUUCAACCCUCAGGGCCCCCCGAGGAGGGUGUUGUCCCCCUCGCGCCUGAGCAGAGCACGGCCUGAGGGCCGACCGACUGCCUGUCACCACCACCUCCAGUCGCCACUUGUCCCUGAUUGACAGACAGACUGACUGACAGACGCUCUCUCCGCACGGUUCGCCUGUUAUUGACGCACGCACAAUUUGCCUUUUUAAUCUUAAUUUCUGCUGACGCUGUUAUUUUUAACAAAAUGUAAUUUAUUUUAUCGUCCACCAACUCUCUCUCUCCCUUAUUGAGGGAAAAAAAUGUGAGCCGGUGACCAAAAUUAAAGCCUAAAAUAAAACCACGUCCAACACCAACCACCACCCCCUCACUUGCUCAC